UCCAUCUGAACACAAGAUAGUGGAGCCUAAAGGUCCAGUAAUUUUCAUUUGGUGCGGAUUUAUCGAAGUUAGAAUUCUGACGAUAAAACCCGUCACAUUUUAGACACACAACAUAGUUUAGCUCUAUUUUCGAUCGUGGUAACGUGACAUAUUUGCAGUAGCAGAGACACGGAAUCCAAGCGCACAUUUUUGCUAGCAACUGAACCCGAUCAUAAACUUUGCCUUGAAAAGAUAAGGAUGACAUAGCUGUCAUUUUCUGUAUCUAAACCAUACAGCGUGCACAUGCUUCGGCGCAGUGGGAAUUUGUCUGCCUCCAUCUGGUUUGACCUAUGAACUGAACCCUUUACAUCUCAAAGCCGGGUAAAGUUGUUGGGCUGUACAAUCGCUGUAUAACCGCUUUGACAAGAACCGGGAAAGGUUGGUGCUAGGUAUGGCGGACAAGCGAAAACGUCCCACUGUACGACCAAAGGAAAACGUCUCGGCAGCGGGGAUUGAGCCGAAUGAUGAUAGCGCUGGAAUGACCUUGUUUUUAAAGUUAUUCGCUGCAGGAUUUUAUGGCCUUAGUUCUUUCCUUAUCGUUGUGGUCAACAAAAGCAUCCUCACAAACUACAGGUUCCCGUCCUCUUUAGUUGUUGGGAUAGGUCAAAUGAUGGCUACAGUGUUAGUCUUAUGGGUAGCCAAAGCUUUCGGAAUAGUGGAUUUUCCAGAUUUGAACAGAGAUGUGCCUCGUAAGACAUUUCCACUGCCUCUUCUCUACGUUGGGAACCAGUUAACGGGUUUAUUUGGAACACAGCGACUGAAUUUACCCAUGUUUACAGUCUUAAGAAGGUUUUCCAUUUUGUUCACCAUGCUUGCAGAAGGAUAUCUACUGAAAAAGACAUUUUUGUGGUCUAUUCAGGCUACUGUUUUUGCCAUGAUUUUUGGAGCGUUCGUGGCUGCAAGCACUGAUUUGGCGUUUGACCUGCACGGUUACACGUUCAUUAUGAUCAACAAUGUUCUUACUGCUGCUAACGGGGCUUAUAUGAAACAGAAACUGGACUCAAAGGAGCUAGGAAAGUAUGGACUCCUCUAUUACAAUGCUCUGUUCAUGAUUCUUCCAACCAUUGUUCUGGGGUACUUCACUGGAGAUAUGCAGAAAGCCUUGGAAUAUGAUGGAUGGUCUGACGUGUUUUUUGUCAUCCAGUUCAUUCUGUCUUGUGUUAUGGGGUUCAUUUUGAUGUACUCCAUUGUGCUUUGCACACAUUAUAACUCUGCCCUGACAACCACCAUUAUUGGCUGUAUCAAAAAUAUUCUAGUGACCUACAUUGGGAUGGUCUUUGGUGGAGAUUACAUUUUCACCUGGUUGAACUUCAUCGGUUUGAAUAUCAGCAUUGCUGGCAGCCUUGUUUACUCUUACAUCACAUUCACUGAACAGCAGAAAAAAUCAUCUUAAUGGGACACAGGGGGAAAAGGCAGCUCACCUUUGGACAUAGUGCUCCGUCAUGCCAUGCCCACGCUCGUUUUAUUCACUUUUUUAAACUCGUCUUAUCACCUACAACUGAAUGUUAUCACAUUUUAUGCUUGAGGUCACACACGUCUGGAGCACCCUGGGAAAGUGCCUUUGUCAGAAUUAGACUGAUGACAAAACCUGCUUCUCUCACCUCUAUGCCAUCAGUAUCUACCACACAGGAAGAAACAGUAGCACGUUCCUCAGUAUCUGGGGAAAGGAAUUCAAAGGCCAGCGUAAUGUUCUCUUAAAAUAUACACCAGCAUUCCUUUUGGAGGACCCAAGCAAACUUGAUGCUGUAAGAUUUUUCCGGAUUUUUUCAGCAUCUUUAAUAGAUUAGUCAUCCUUGCUGAUGACAGUCUUUUGAGUGAUUGGAUGCUGUUUUUGUUUUCUUUUUACAGGAAAGAUGGUGUGAUUUGAAGGAUCCACUGUGUCUGCUUGAUAAUGUGCUAGAUAAUGUCUCGACCAAGUUUCAGCUGAGAUUCUUUGAAAGCUUUUUUAAUAUAUCUUUAAGUGGCAUGUUAAAAAAAACUGCAGAUGUUUCCAAUGCUAAUAAAUCAAUGAAACAAGACAAAUUAAGUAAACUAACAAGACAAAUUUAGUAAACUUUACUAAAAUAGGCAGAACUUUGUGCCACUUAUGACUGGAUUUUUUUCAGGAAUGAGAAAAAAACGUACAUGUUCUUUUGUCUCUGCUUCAGACCCUCUUUUCACACCUCUUAGCUCUGUUAAAGCCAGCAGACAGCUGCAGAGUGAUUGGUACAGGACACAUUUGGGUUUUUUUUUCUGAAUUAAUCGUAAAAUGUGCUGUUUUUCUUCUUAAAAAAAUUCUAUGUGGAGUUGUUUUUUUGGAUCAGUGUAGAAGAACGUUUAAUCUGAUGCAGUGAAACUUCAGCCCUGUGAAAGACGACACUAUGAAAGACUCGGAAAGAGGCUUUGAUAAAGAAGGUGGAGGUAACUGUGAUGAUGCUAAUCAGUAUGUUUUUGUACAGAACACCAGUCCUUGGAUGAUUCAAAAAUGUUGUCCCUUUUGAACAAUUUUGUGUGUGUUACAGUAUCAUGCUGGACCAAAAUGACACACAUAGUUAAGAGGAAUCAAAUACUCUCUUAAAAUGUCAGGUUAUUAUCUCAGAAAGCAGACAUGCUGAACAAAUUGUGAAUGUUAAACAUUCUUCACUUUUGCCUUUUGCAUUCUCCAAAAUUUCCAAUAAAAUUGCUGAAUGUAUUUUA